AUGGAAGUUUUAGCUGGUGUAAAAAGCUUAACCGAGCUGAAAAAAAUCACCGAGAACGAGCUGUCUUUGGUUGGGCUGUUGCAGAAAGCGGAAAUAUUGCCGCCCACGCAACUGUGCAGGAAGUGCAACCGACGCAUGAAACUUAAAGCAACGCGGAAAGCUAACUCAUGCAAAUGGAUUUGCAAACCCACGUCGAGCUGCACCGGGUGGGAGUGUACUGUCCGUACGGGCAGCAUAUUCAAAAACUCCCGUUUGUCGCUAUCACAGCUGAUGGAGCUAACGUACGAAUGGUCACAGGAUGUUAAGCGAUCUAGCGCAUCAGCAGAGUGUGGAGCCAACAAGAGUACCGUCCUAAAAUGGUAUGCUUUUCUUCGGGAAGUGACCGCAGAAUAUAUCGAAAUCAACCAGGGCCAAAUCGGAGGCGAUGGAUUGACCGUCGAGGUUGACGAAUCGGUCGUCACCAAGCGAAAGUACAAUCGUGGACGUCACGCGAAGCACAAUCACGUCUGGUUGGUCGGUGGCAUCUGUCGGGAAACGCGUGAAAUUUUUUUGGAGCUAGUCCAGGAACGUAAUCCUGAAAUAAUGCAUAGCAUCAUAAAACAACGCGUGGCACCAGGCUCAACGAUAGUGACUGAUGGUUGGUGGACCUACAACGAAAUCGAGCACCAUGGAUACAUACAUGAAAAUGUCAAUCACUCCGAAAAUUUCGUGAACCCAACCGACCGUGCGGUGCAUACGCAAAACAUAGAGAACCUAUGGCGCUGGGUGAAGCUCUUUUUAAGCUCGAAAGGCACUAAUCGGGGUUCGCUGAUCAAAUACAUGAGGGAGUACCAGAUGAAACGGCGAAACCAGAACAGCUUCCUGAGUGUGUUGCGUGCCAUCCAAGCUGUACAGGAUUUUACGUAA